CUCGAGAAAAUCCCAAACAUCCAAUCGUGGGGGGCGGUGUCCAACUCUUUGAUUUAAGUGAAUCACGAUUCUCAUUGGGACCGUAAGGUUGAGAAUCCAAUAUCAUUCCUGCUGGUGUCACAGACUUGCUGUAGCAUGUCUCAUUCAAUGAAACAUCCGCGAUGAUAGUUACUAUAAUUUUGGGAAAUCUUCUUUGACCUCACACAUGGCGCCAGCGGUUAGGCAGGAUCUUCUUCCUGUACAUGAAGGACCUCGCCUGAUUUUGUACUAUCAAACACAUCAUGACUCCUUGGGCAACGUUAUCUCGGUCCUUCCUCUCAUCACCAAAAGCACAGGAGUUACGCACGUCAUAGUCGCAGCGAUACAUAUUAAUAACGGACCGGGGAAUAUCACACUUAACGAUGAUCCGCCGGACGCCGCCAAGUUCAAUACUCUCUGGCAGGAAGUGGCAUGGCUCCAGGGCUCGGGAAUCAAGGUGAUGGGCAUGCUCGGAGGAGCGGCGCAUGGCAGCUUUCUACGGCUCAGCGGAGAUGAUUCUUCCUUCGAGGCAUACUACCGCCCUCUCGAAGAGGUGGUACGGAGACAUCGCCUGGAUGGACUCGACCUCUCGAUCGAAGAAGAAAUCCCCGUCGCAUCUGUCCAACGGCUCCUAACCCGCCUCCGCUUGGACUUCGGACCGUCCUUCAUCCUUUCACUCGCUCCCGUCGCUACAGCUCUGAUACCCGGGUUACCGCAUCUUUCGGGCUUCUCCUACUUUGAACUCGAGACAUGGUGCCAAUCGCUCGUCACGUCCACACCCGAGGCGCCACCGACUGCGCCCAUCAUAUCGUUCUACUCCGCCAUCACCUACUGCAACUGGGGCGACGCCUCGAAUCCGUUCCUUUACGCCUCCUUGAUCGCUCAAGGAUGGGACCCUUCCCGAAUCGUCCUUGGCUUAAUCACCAACCCCGCGAACGGUGCAGGCCACGUCCACUUACCCCGAAUGAAGACCGUUCUCGCCGCCGUGCGGGCCGCGUUCCCAAAUUUCGGCGGCGUGAUGGGCUGGGAGUAUUUCAACGCGGGGCUUGAGCGGGAGGGGACGAACGAGCCAUGGGAGUGGGCCCAAGAGCUAGGAUCGGUGAUACGGACGCGUUCGACAGGUGUCCAGCCGAGCAUUGAUGCUAGAUUGCGGAACCCGGCUCAGGCCUGGGGAGGGCAGCUGCAAACACGGUGGAAAGGGGAAGAUUUGGACACGCUCAUGGCGCUGGGAGUGGAUAUGGCGGAGGCGAUUCAGGCCAUGGAUGCGGCGGAUGGGAAUGUGGAUCUGGCUGCUUCCUUUUUGUUCGAUAGCUAAUCUGCACGGUUCAAGAACGUUGCAGGCCGGAGUGGGUGACUAUCGAACUGGUACCGCAGAUGCUUGCGGCGGGAAGAGGUGGUGGCACUGAAUGGGGCACGAAUAAAAAAUCGGCGAAGCCAGUAGUAUUCAACGAUGACUUCCAUCUAUCAAGAGAGGUUUCAUUCUCCUGAGUCAUCAAGGCUAUCCUGGCAUCGCCAGCCUACUAUCAGUUUGGCAGCGGUCUCCGAAGAUUGUCUUCACCACCAGGGUUCUAUCAUCGAACCAUCCGUUUCAACGCCUCAUACUUCUCGCCCACCAUCUACCCUCAUGGGGCCGGCAUAUGGAAUGGGUGAUGCCCGUACUCAAAUCCUGGAACAGCAGUUUGUUUGGAUGUUAGAUCAGAUGGUUUACAUGCGUCUCCUUAGGGAUUUGAGGAUGUACCUAUAUCCAGCAGGAGGAUGUAAACGAAUGGAUUAGCCAUUU